CCAUUCGUGAGGAUCGCACCCGAGGUGGCCGAUCGACGUAUCAAUGCUCGUACACACUCCCUGGAACAAUCCUCAGCCCGUCGCUUGGAGGCAACGACGGCAGCAGUAACUUCCCGUACUCAAAUGCCUCGCAAAGGGGCGGUGGUGGUGGACCCGGAGGAGGUCCGUACUCUUCGGGCGGUCCGGUCAACUUGACCGGCCAUCAGCUGAAGAUCGAAUCCGGCCAGCAGGACUACAAUAGCAAUUCCAACGGGGGUAAUGGCGGCAACGGUGGUGGCAUGCGACCGGGCAUUCCUCAGCUACUGCAGGAAAUCAUGGACGUCGAACAUCUGUGGCAGUACAACGCGACCGAGCUGGCCCGGUUAAAUCAGCCUGCGCCUCCGGUAAGCAGUGCUGCCAUCGCGGCCAAUCCGCUGCUCUCCAGUGCGGGCAUCUCGAGCGAAAGCAGUCCGGACCUGAUCGCGAACCUGUGCAACAUUGCCGAUCACCGGCUGUACAAGAUCGUCAAGUGGUGCAAGAGUUUGCCUCUGUUCAAGAACAUUUCGAUCGACGAUCAAAUCUGUCUGCUGAUCAACUCGUGGUGUGAACUGCUGCUGUUUUCGUGUUGCUUCCGUUCCAUGGCGACUCCCGGUGAGAUCAAGAUCUCGCUCGGGAAGUCGAUCACGUUGGAACAGGCCAAACACAGUGGGUUACAGACUUGCAUCGAACGAAUGCUCAACCUCACCGAUCACCUCCGGCGGCUACGGGUCGAUCGUUACGAGUACGUUGCCAUGAAAGUGAUCGUUCUGCUGUCGUCGGACACCUCAGAACUGAAAGAAUCCGAAAAGGUUCGUGCCAGUCAGGAGAAAGCCCUGCAAGCCCUCCAAGCGUACACGUUAGCGCACUACCCGGAAACGCCGGCCAAGUUCGGUGAGCUGCUCCUGAGGAUCCCGGAACUGCAAAGGACCUGCCAGCUUUCAUUUCAGGUGGGAAAAGAGAUGCUAACAAUCAAACCGAAGGACGGCGAAGAGCCUUCGUUCAAUCUGCUGAUGGAACUGCUCCGAGGGGAGCACUGAGCUCCAGUCCGGAAGUCGAAUAACUGAUCGUGCCUCAUAAGUUCUAGUGUUUUAGAAGAAAAGAAAAGAAGUGCCCCAAUCAGCAGCAGCAACCACAUAAAAAAGAAUGAUCAAAGAAGGCGCAGGAACGCCUUAGGUCAUCCAUUCUCUCACAAACACUCACAUGCAUCUGCAGCGCUCUCUCUUCCCCUCUCAUCAUUUCCAUUCAACUGUUGUCACUGGAAGUGAGAAGCGAGCCGUCGUUGCCAGCAAUGGCAACCAACCCAGCAGGCGACCCUCAAACUUCAAGUUGCUUCCCUGCGAAGAAGGGUGAAGCAAAUCGUAAACCGAAAUCAAAACUCUUUUAGACAUUGUGAUUUUAAUUCGUAAUCCAAUAAGUAGAGCGAGUUUAUUUUAUUCUUUUUUACAUAGUUUUAGUCAGAUGUUUAAUAGAUUUUUAUUUUUCA